UUUAGUCCUAAUUUUUUUUAAAAAAUUACACAUAUAUAUAUAUAUAUAUAUAUAUUUAUUUAUAUAUGGAUAUACGCUUCCAACACGUACCCGCUUCUUAAUAUUUAAAAAAAUCUUGCUUCCGCUUCCACGUACCCGCUUCCGUUUCCAUGUAACAUAGAUGAUAACAUGAUAAGCUUUCUUCUAUAAUACUAUUUUAAGAUAUAGAAAUAUUUCGGGGUUUUUUCUUGAUAAAUGAUAACUUGAAAAUAUCUAACGAGCCGAAGUCCAACCGAUUAAUUUUUUUGGGAGCAUGUCCAUCAGCGUUAGACAAUUCGGUUACUCGCAAUGAAAAUUAGAUAUUCAUGUUGCCUGACUAAUCAAGCCGGUAAUAUGAUAGGUUUCAACCGGAAUGCUUAUCGUCUCUCUAAGCCGGCUGUACCAUUCAACCACGCGUGUGUGAUUAAUAUCUUGGGUUUUUCUUUGCAGUCAUCACAAUACCAGCAAGACAAAAUUAUUACAGUAAAUUUACGUAUCUGUGAACAAAAUGAUACACGUAACAGAUGACGAGCUAUAUUCGUACUUAAUUCCAUUCAGACCAUCUUUAAAUCAGACAAACUUGAAUUUGAAGAACACAGCAAGCUUUUUUUAUCCAACCUUAGAUGCUCUCUUUAACAAUUUAUAAUAUUGGAUUUUUGUUUUAAUUUAAACACGUUGUAACACAGUUUUAAAGGAUUGCUGUUUGAAGCCAAAGAUUUAAAUUCAGGAAAAAUUAUAAGAAAAUAAAAUGUGAGUAAAGCAUCGUAAAAGAAAGAGUAUGUGACAAAGGCCAAGGAUCACGUUUUGGUAAGCAAAUGGGCCAUGAAAAGAGCACAACGCAAAUAAAGCUUCUCACAUUACAAACAAUGUGAAGGCCAUACCAUCUACGUUUCAGUUUAUUUUUAUGACAGGAAAAGAACGAUACUAAUGUCAAAAAAGUUUAUAAAUGAGUGAAAGGUUUCGACCCACUGUUACAAUCAUCGUGGAAUGGUAAAAAGAAACCAUUUUAACAUAGAAAAUGUUGGCUUUGUAUUUCAUUCUACUUGUUUGCGUGCCCUUAGCUAUCAUCAUGACCUUCACGGCUCCUCGACUAGCCAUCACUGUCGCCGUUAAUCAACCGGCCUACUUAGUCAUACAAAACUCCAAUAAGAGCCUUACACCUCACCGAACAAUAACUUCUCAGCAACUAGAUAAGGAUGAGUUGCUGCUUCGUCAAGCUUCUAAAGCCAAUCCAAAACCGCCACCUAAACUUCCCAAGAAGCUAGCUUUCAUGUUCUUAACAACAACGUCUCUUCCAUUAGCACCACUUUGGGAGCUUUUCUUCAACCAAACCUCUGACCACAAGUCUCUCUACAAUGUGUACGUGCAUGCUGACCCGGCUCAAAAACACAAACCGGGUUUCUUCGAUAACCGGAUCAUACCAUCCUCAAAACCGGCUUACCGUCACACCCCAACACUCAUCUCCGCAGCGCGUCGUUUACUCGCUCACGCGCUUCUCGACGACCCUUCGAACUACAUGUUCAUCCUCCUCUCCCCUUCUUGCAUCCCACUCCAUUCCUUUAACUUCACAUACAACACACUCGCCUCCUCCACAAAGAGCUUCAUCGAGAUUCUCAACAACGAGCCAGGGUGGUACGACAGAUGGGCGGCGCGUGGCCCUUACGCGAUGCUUCCCGAGGUUCCACCUGAGGAGUUCCGAAUAGGCUCACAGUUCUGGACGCUGACAAGAAGCCAUGCGAAGAUGGUUGUGAGUGACGUGGAGAUAUGGUCCAAGUUCAACAAGCCUUGCGUAAGGAAAGACACGUGUUACCCCGAGGAGCAUUACUUCCCUACGCUCCUCCACAUGCGUGAUCCACAAGGGUGUGUUUCCGCUACGCUCACGCACGUUGAUUGGAGCGUUAGCGACCAUGGUCAUCCCCGAACGUAUAAACCAUCUGAGGUUGGGGCUAAGCUUAUACAGAAGCUGAGAAGUGCACGUCUUAGGUAUGGAGACGGUGGUGGAACGAGGAAGGACUCAUUUCUGUUCGCACGGAAGUUCUCUCCGGCGGGGAUCAGUCAGCUCAUGAACAUUGCAAGAGACGUCAUCUUAAAUUGAUUUAUUUGAAUCAUAUUGUAACACUCUCAAAUGAAGUAUAUUGUAGCGUUUAAACGAUCAUUUCAUUGCAUAUAUUAACGUUAGAAUU